ACACUAAGUGACAAAACACUAAGUGACAGAACACUAAGUGACAGAGCACUAAGUGACAAAACACUAAGUGACAGAACACUAAGUGACAAAACACUGAGUGACAGAACACUGAGUGACAAAACACUGAGUGACAGAACAAUGAGUGACAAAACACUAAGUGACAGAACACUGAGUGACAGAACACUGAGUGACAGAACACUGAGUGACAAAACACUAAGUGACAAAACACUGAGUGACAGAACACUGAGUGACAAAACACUAAGUGACAAAACACUGAGUGACAGAACACUGAGUGACAGAACACUAAGUGACAAAACACUAAGUGACAGAGCACUAAGUGACAGAGCACUAAGUGACAAAACACUAAGUGACAGAACACUAAAUGACAAAACACUGAGUGACAGAACACUGAGUGACAAAACAAUAAGUGACAAAACACUGAGUGACAGAACACUGAGUGACAGAACACUAAGUGACAAAACACUAAGUGACAAAACACUAAGUGACAAAACA